AUGGUUACUCACUGGAAAUUGCUGGUCUCGUCUGGUGUUAUGAACGUCACGACAUCGUUUUUCGAAGCAGGCAUCACGUUCUUCACGAACUUGGUCUACACCGCAAUCCAAUUUGCGGUGGAAAAUGGGGAUGUGGCGCUAUUCGUUGGGCGCAAUCAAGCUGGAGUGGACAAGUACUGGUCCGAAGAGACCGUUUCCGAGGACUUCGACAUGGCUUUACGGCUGCAGUCGAAGGGCUACGACUUGCGAUUCUCCACGGUCUACGGUGGUGGGUUUCAAGAAGGGGUUUCUCUGACUGUCUACGACGAGCUCUCCAGGUGGGGAAAAUAUGCCUACGGUUGCUCGGAGCUGAUCUUCCACCCCUACCGGUACUGGUCCAAUAGAGGGCCGUUCACCCCCUUAUUUUGCCGCUUUAUCGCAUCCAAGAUGUCCGUCAUGUCUAAGAUCACGGUUUUAUCAUACAUCGGCACUGAGUACCGUUGUCGCGUUUCAUUUCCUUAUGCCGCUGGUGCUGAAUCCGGGGUUGAUGCAAUUCACUUUCUAGACGUCUCCACUCCGGGGUCCAUUGCCGUCUCGAAGCUAGCUACGUCAUGUUAUUGUAAUAUUAUCCAAGUUUCAGCCUCCAGGUUAAGACUUUUCGCAACGGAAUACCGUACCAUGAACCAUCUGACUAUUUGGGGUAUUGUAAACUAA